GGGAAACCAUUUUAUUAGAGUGUGACUCUCAUUGACCCGUAGACCGUAGUCCGUACCGUAGAAUCGCACGGAGUAGUAGAUACAAUCAUACAAGGAUACAAGAGGGUCUUCCUCAAAUUCUCUCUCAUCGCACUCAUUAAUGUCAAAGACUUCCAUGCGAAGCGAAUGAGAAAGAACAAAGUACAAUGAACAGUCUCAAUUUCACAGUACCGCACUAAAACUGCCGGAAAUAUUCAACACUUUACUUUCUCCUUGCCUUUCUUUCCCUCUUUCCAAAGAAACUCUCUUUCUCACCAUCAGCGAUCAACAUUUGAAUACCCAGGAUGGGAUCAGAGAAUAAUGAAAGAAGUUCAGUGGUUACUCAACUCAGUUUUGGUGGGUUCGAUAAUGAUGUCACUGCUAAAAUGUUUGCGGAAUUCCUCGAGAAUGAAAUGGGGGUGCUUGUUUGGAGGUGCAGAUUGAAGAAAUCCUGGACUCCUCCAGAGUCAUACCCAGACUUCCAACUUCAAAGUACUGAAGAUUUGGAUAAUACAGAUGAUUAUGAGAAGGUGGAGCCCCACGCUUUUGUGCAUUUUGCUACCCCUGAAUCAGUAAGCCAAGUCCUGGAUGCUGCAGGGAGAAAUGAUCUUAUUUUGUUUGGGAAAGUGCUCAAAGUUAGUGCUGGUCCUAUGAAUCUCUUUCGUACUAAUCAGAAGAGGAGAACGACUACUCCGUUUAAGAUGACAGAUGUUCGUCUCGAUAUCGGGACUCUUGUUAAACAGGAUGAAAUGAUUGUUGGCUGGAAAGGACCUUCUAGAGGGGUUAAGUUCCUUGUCGACCCUUUUGAUAACACCUGCAAGUUCAACUUCACAAGGGAGACCGUUUUCUCAUUCAAAGACGAAAGGAAAAAUGCUGUUAUUAAAUGCGAUUUCAAAGUUGAAUUUUUUGUCAGGGAGAUUAAUGAGAUCAAACGUUAUACAGAUAGAUCAGGACUAAUUAUCUUGUUGCAGCUUUCUUCUUCUCCCCUGCUCUCCUACCGUAGUGCUGAUGAUGAUAUUUUUGAGUCAGUUCCAUUUGAUUUGUUAGACGACGAUGAUCCUUGGAUAAGGACUACAGAUUUCACGCCUACUGGGGUUAUUGGUAGAUGUAAUUCGUACAGAAUUUCACUCCCACCUCGUAAUGGUCCGAAGCUUGAGAGAGCUAUUAAGUAUCUUAUAGGAGCAAACGUCCGAGUGGAGCAUUCAAGUCUGGCACUUAAGGUCACGGAUGAACCUAGUUUCAGUAUGCAGAUAUCUGACCCCUUUUUCUGUGUCCAACACGAAGAAGGUGUUCCAUUUGAAGUAACCUUUAUGCUGAAUGCUGCUGUGCAUAAAGGAAUCAUAAACCAGCACCAACUAACGGGGAACUUUUUCAAUCUGCUUAGAACUCAACCAGCGGAGGUUAACUUGGCUGCUUUAAGGCACAUUUGUUCCUACAAGCGUCCAGUGUUCGAUGCUCAAAAAAGGCUGAAACUAGUCUGUGAUUGGUUGCUUAGGAAUCCUAGCCUGCUGAAGGACCCAACACAGUUGUCUGAUAUUGUGGAAGUCAGGAGGCUGAUCAUAACCCCAACCAAAGCCUACUGUCUUCCUCCUGAAGUUGAACUUUCCAAUCGGGUUCUUAGGCAGUACAGAGAUGUAUCUGAUCGGUUUCUAAGAGUAACCUUCAUGGAUGAAGGAAUGCGAAUGUUGAAUGCAAAUGUCCUUUCCUACUACGCUCCUCCAAUUGUGAAGAUGAUCACAUCAAAUACAUAUCUUCAAAGGACAUCAGUCUUCAAGAGAGUGAACGUGAUGUUAAAGCAAGGAUUUUACUUGUGUGGGAGGAUGUACACCUUUUUGGCAUUCUCUUCCAAUCAGUUGAGGGAUCGUUCUGCUUGGUUCUUUGCUGAAGACAAGAAGGACAGGAGGUUGACUGUAAACAGCAUCAGAAACUGGAUGGGAAAGUUCACUAACAAGAACGUUGCCAAGUGUGCUGCAAGGAUGGGACAGUGUUUCUCAUCCACGUACGCGACUGUCAAAGUUUCAUCUGACCAAGUUGAAUCUGAGCUUCCAGAUAUUGAAAGGAACAACUAUGUUUUCUCUGAUGGAAUUGGCAUCAUAUCACCAGAUCUUGCCAUCGAGGUUGCAGAAAAAUUGCAACUAAAAGACAAUCCACCUUGUGCGUAUCAGAUCCGGUUUGGAGGUUGCAAAGGUGUUCUGGCAUGCUGGCCUCCAAAGGAUGACAAAGUAAAAAUUUAUCUUCGUCCAAGUAUGAAUAAGUUUAUAUCUGGGCACACAGUUGUUGAAGUUUGUUCUUGGACAAGAUUCCAACCGGGGUUUCUGAACCGACAAAUAGUGACUUUGCUUUCAGCACUCGAGGUUCCUGAUGAGGUGUUUUGGAGAAUGCAGGAAACAAUGACAGCAAAACUCGAUCAAAUGCUGGUGGAUACUGAUGUGGCUUUUGAUGUCGUAACAGCUUCAUGUGCGGAGCAAGGUAAUACGGCAGCAAUCAUGUUAAGUGCUGGUUUUAAGCCACAAAUGGAGCCUCAUCUCGGAGGCAUGUUAUCUUGCAUUAGGGCAGCACAGCUGGUGGACCUCAGAGAAAAGGCUAGAAUAUUUGUUCAGUUGGGUAGAUGGCUGAUGGGCUGUCUAGAUGAAGUUGGUGUACUUGAACAAGGUCAAUGCUUUGUACAGGUGUCUAAACCUUCGCUGGAGAACAACUUCUCUAAACACGGAACAAGGUUUUCAGAUGUGAAAAAGAAUUUAGAAAUCAUAAAGGGGUUGGUUAUUGUUGCCAAAAAUCCUUGUCUUCAUCCCGGAGAUAUAAGGAUUCUUGAGGCUGUAGAUCGCCCAGAGUUGCAUCACCUCUUCGAUUGUCUUGUUUUCCCUCAAAAUGGUGAGAGACCUCACCCAAAUGAAGCGUCAGGCAGUGAUUUGGAUGGAGAUCUAUACUUUGUUGCUUGGGAUGAGAAUCUUAUCCCACCUAGUAAGCGAAGUUGGAUACCCAUGGAGUAUACACCUGCUGCAGUAAGGGAAUUGCCUCGUCCAGUGAAUGUACAGGACAUUAUAGAUUUCUUCACGAAGAACAUGGUUAAUGAAAGCUUAGGCACAAUCUGCAAUGCUCAUGUAGUUCAUUCUGAUAUUAGUCCAUAUGGAGCAUUAGAUGAAGAUUGUCUUAGAUUAGCAGAACUUGCUGCGUUGGCUGUGGAUUUCCCAAAGACAGGGAAGGUGGUGACCAUGCCUAACGAUCUAAAACCCCAAAUGUACCCUGAUUUCAUGGGGAAAGAUAAGAGUUACUCAUACAAGUCUGACAAGAUUCUGGGAAGACUGUACAGGAGAAUUGUGGAUGCUUAUGGUGUAGAGAGUUCCCGUUCUGAUGAAUUAAUAAAUGUCAGUCCUAAGGGUAUAACUUAUGAUACAGAUCUGGAGGUUCUGGGUUCAGAUGAUUUCACAAACGAGGCAUGGGGUCUCAAGUGCUCAUAUGUAGGACAGAUUUGCAGUCUGUUGGCGCAGUAUAAUGUCAGCAACGAAGAGGAGAUUGUAACAGGACAUAUACGGUCAAUGGUCAAGUUCAAUGGUAGGAAACAAGGAGAGCUCAAGGAAAAGCUCAAACAUUCUUACAAAUGUCUAAAGAAAGAGUUUAGGCAACAUUUUGAUAAACUCGGUUCUGAUUUUGAGCACCUAGGCGAUGAGGAGAAGAACUUGGUUUAUGAGAAGAAGGCAUCGGCAUGGUAUCAAGUGACUUAUCAUCCUGAAUGGGUGAAAAAGUCAUUGGAGUUGCAAGGCCCUGAUAAUGAAAAACAGGUGGAUGUAAUUCUGAGUUUUGCUUGGGUCCCAGCUGAUUACCUUGCUCGUAUCAAAGUAAAGCGUGCAGGAGAAAAGGGAACAAGGGAUGCCAUGCAGAAGCCAAUCAAUUCUUUGGCGAAUCACCUCGCAAAGUGCAUGCAAAUUUCCUGAUGAAUGCUCGUGUCUGUUGACAUACGUUGGCUGCAAGGCCACUCUGCCAUUAGUGUAAGUUUCUCAUUGUGUGAUGCUUAUGUACUAUGUCCUGUUGUUGUUAGUCUUGUCACAUAUGCUGAUGUCUAUGCUGCAGCCUCCAUAUGUGAUCUUAUGGAACUGUUGAGUAUCUUUUUUAAGGUAACUUCAUCUGUUGGUCAUGGUAUUCCAUCUAUUACCUUUGUAGCUCAGAAGUUAGCUGUAACUGUGAUUGAUUUAUUUAGACCUUUUCACCUAUGAGGGAUUUUGAACCACAGGUCUAAUUCUGGAUACUUGAAACUGGUAUCAGACCUAAUAUCAUAUCAUAUUUAUCA